AUGCAGGAGACACCGUUCUGCCUCAGAGUUGGACACCUUCUCCCCUACUCCAUGUCAGAUUCCAACACAACUGACUUCACCAACCCCUCCACCUUCAUCCUGCUGGGCAUUCCUGGCCUGGAGGCAGCCCAUAUCUGGAUCUCCAUCCCCUUCUGCACGAUGUAUGCCAUAGCCGUCUUGGGGAACUUCACCAUCCUGUUUGUCGUGAAGAUGGAGCUGAGCCUCCAUGGGCCCAUGUACUAUUUCCUCUGCAUGCUGGCUGUCUCCGACCUGGUCCUGUCUACGUCCAUCCUGCCCAAAACACUGAGCAACUUCUGGUUCAAUUCCAGGCAGAUCGAUUUCAGUGCCUGCCUCACCCAGAUGUACUUCAUUCACUGCUUCUUAACGAUGGAGUCUGGGAUCUUCGUGGCCAUGGCUUUUGAUCGCUAUGUGGCCAUCUGUGAUCCCCUGAGACAUUCCACCAUCCUGACAAACCAUGUGGUGGUCAAGAUCGGCCUGGCUGUGGUGCUGCGUGGUUGUGUGCUCGUACUGCCCACUCCCUUCCUGGCGCGGCGGUGGCCAUAUUGCAGUACCAACAUCAUUCCUCACACGCACUGCGAGUACAUGGCUGUGGUGAAGCUGGCCUGCGCUGACAUCCGUGUUAGUAGUUACUACGGCCUCUCUGUGGUAUUCUUUGUGACUGGUCUGGAUGUGCUUUUUAUCACUGUGUCCUACACCCAGAUCCUCAGGGCCAUCUUCAGGCUCCCCACAAAGGACACCCGGCUUAAGACUUUUGGGACCUGCGGCUCCCACUUCUGUGUCAUCUUAGCCUUUUACAUCCCCGGUCUAUUCUCCUUCCUCACACAGCGGUUUGGCCACAAUGUGGCCCUGCAUUUCCAAGUUCUCAUGGCCAACGUGUACCUCCUGGUGCCCCCCAUGCUAAACCCCAUCAUCUAUGGAGUGAGGACCAAACAGAUCCGGGACAGGCUACUCCGUCCCUUUCCUCAUAAAGGGAUCUAA